AUGUCAAGUACUAUUGAAGAUAACGAACUUCCUAAAGCCAAUGUGACAAGAGUACUCAAGACUGCUCUUCCACCAGGAACUGCUUUGCAAAAAGAUGCUAAAUUAGCAGUGAGUAAAGCAGCCACUGUUUUUAUCAGUUAUCUGUCUUCUGUGGCAAACGACGUUGCAAAGGCAGCUAACCAUAAAACAAUCAGUGCAGCUGAUGUAUUUGAGGCCUUAAACUUGGUUGAAUUAGAAAACUUGUCACCUCAACUCAAGGAAUCAUUGGAAGUCUAUCAGCAAUUAAUGCUAGAAAAAAAGAAUCAGAAAAAGAAGGAUAAAAAUGAUACAAAGUCCAAAGAUGAUGAUGCACCAAUGGAAGAAACUUCUCGAGGUCAAAAGCGUUCUCUUGACGAUGAUGAUGAAGAAGAAGAAGAAGAGGAGGAGGAGGAGGAGGAAGAUGAGUUGAUGUCUGCCGAAAAUAGUAAAAAGGUUAAAUCAUUAGAAGAUGACGAUGAAGAAGAAGAUGAAAUAGAGGCUGAGGAAGACGAAAUAGAAGAACAAGCUUAA